AUGUCAAAAACACUCACCCACAAAUUCAAGAGCGAGGCAACGGCCUACCCAAAGACCGAGAUGCCUCUCCCACUCAUCCCCUUCGUCUUCAUCGCCCACUUCGCGCAUACCGUUACCACCGUCCUAACAACGGAGGCACGGCGCAAGUCGACCACGAUAGCAACGCACAUCGACUCCCUACGUCUGCAGGUCCGCGGCCCGGAGCACUCCUUCGCCCCCUUCUCACGGCUCCCGGCCGAACUCCGCCUCAAGAUCUGGAACCACGCGCUGCCGCCGCGCACCCUCACCGCCACCCAUGCCCCCAACCCGGCUCUGCUCUCCGCAAACCGCGAGGCCAGGUACGAGGCGCUGAGGAGGUACUCCCUGGUCAGGUUGAACACCUGGGGGGACCGGAGGAUCUACGUCGACUUCGAGCACGACAGCAUCGCCAUUGUCGAGGGCAAGGGCGGCGGCGGCUUUCCCGUCCGCGGCGCGAGACAUGUUGUUGUCGUAUGUGAGGAGCCGUUCCAGAGCCCUGCUUCGUGGUUGAAGUGUCGGUAUCGGUCUGGGUUGGACUCUGUCACGCUGGUGCUUGGUGGUGCCAAGUGGUCGAAUUUGGUACCGUUUCCUGAGAUCCGGCUUCUUGGCACACCGAAGAACACGCAGAAAAGACUUGGGCUGUCCAAGGACGAAGCAGAGAGGAUAGAGGAGGAGCUCAGGGAUCUGGCCCUGGGAUGGGGACACACUGAAGUUCGUGUAGGAGAGUUUGUAUAA